AUGCCGCCACUCGGCCAUCCCAUGCGGGCGAGAGCCAUCGGGUUGUACAAGGAGCUCCAUCGUCUUGGACGAGACUACCCGGAUCCGAAGUACAACUUCCUCGGCAAGUUGCGAGGGAUGUUUGCGCGAAACGCUCACCUCACAGACGAAAAGGAGAUCAAGGCGAAACUGGAUCUGGCUGAGUUUGUCAAGAAGGAAACGGAAACGCUGUAUUCACUCAAGAAGUACAGGACAAUGCGCCGGCGUUACGUUCAGGAAUAG